UAGCCACUCUUGGCGUAUCAAAUGCUAUUUCCUUGAAUUGAGUUUGUUACUCUCUCUUGUCGCUGAAGUCUUCUUACAAGGUGAAACAUUUAGAACUUUCGGAAAGAAUUUCCAACGUAAGAGAAAGAAAGAACAUACACAACACAACAAUCUCCAUUUUCGCUUUUUUUUUGUUCUUGACGGUUGAAUUUGACAAAGGAAAAUAGUGAAGUUGAUCCUGUUUAUUGAAAAUGGGUUCAGCAGCAGAAGAGAGGGGUAGCAGUAGCAAUAAACUCAUUGGAAUAAGGUUCCUUGAGUAUGUAAAAGGAAGUCCUGUUUCCCACAAAACCCACCAAGCAAUUGUUCUGAUUGUAACAUUUCUAGCUUAUGCUAGUUAUCACGCCACUAGAAAAACCACUAGUAUUGUGAAGAGUGUGCUUGAUCCCCAAUCAUCUUCAACAAAUUUAGGCUUCAAUUUCUUUCCUUCGAGUACGAGGGUUACAAAACUUUCUUGGAAACUUGGAGAUGGCUGGGCUCCAUUUAAUGGAUCCGACGGGACAUCCCUUCUUGGCCAAUUGGAUGUUGCUUUUCUCGCAGUUUAUGCAUUUGGGAUGUACUUUUCUGGACAUUUUGGUGACAGGUGUAAUUUGAGGAUUUUUUUAACUAUUGGGAUGGUUGGAACUGGUGUUUUCACUUCACUCUUUGGUGUAGGGUUUUGGGGAAACAAUCACAAUUUCUACUAUUAUUUAGUCAUUCAAAUGAUUGCUGGUUUGUUUCAAUCCACUGGAUGGCCAUCCGUAGUUGCGGUUUUGGGUAACUGGUUUGGAAAGCGGAAGAGAGGGUUGAUCAUGGGAAUUUGGAAUGCUCAUACUUCUGUCGGGAACAUUGCUGGUUCUUUGAUUGCUUCUGCUAUGUUGGGAUAUGGAUGGGGAUGGUCUUUUGUUGUGCCUGGAUUAAUAAUGUCUUUCCUUGGUUUGGUGGUUUUCCUAAUAUUGCCUGUCUCACCUGAGUCUGCCGGAGUUGAAGAAGAUGAUUAUAGUUGUCCUAAGAAAAGCGGAGAUGAUGUCACAGAAUCUCUCUUAAGGCAAGAAACUCCUGCUGAAGAGAAAGAGAAAGCAGUUGGGUUUAUCGAGGCAUGGAGAAUUCCUGGGGUCGCUCCUUUUGCUUUUUGUCUGUUUUUCGCCAAAUUGGUUGCAUAUACCUUUCUCUAUUGGCUACCAUUCUAUGUUAGUCACACAGCUAUUGAUGGAAAAUUUCUAUCUAGUGAGACAUCGGGUUCACUGUCCACUUUAUUUGAUGUUGGAGGAGUGCUAGGAGGAAUUCUAGCAGGCCACAUUUCUGACCGCUUAAAUGCUAGAGCCAUAACAGCAGCAAGUUUCAUGUACUGUGCAAUCCCUGCUCUGUUCUUCUAUCGAAGCUAUGGGCACAUUUCAUUGGUUGUAAAUGGAACAUUGAUGUUCGUCACUGGUAUGUUUGUAAAUGGGCCGUAUGCUCUUAUAACAACUGCAGUUUCGGCUGACCUGGGAACACACAAGUCAUUGAAGGGAAACUCACGAGCUCUGGCAACCGUCACGGCUAUUAUUGAUGGAACAGGUUCUAUUGGAGCUGCAAUUGGACCUUUAUUAACAGGGUAUAUCUCUGCAAAAAGCUGGAGUGCAGUUUUCACAAUGUUGAUGGGUUCAGCUUUAAUUGCAGGGCUGUUUCUCACCAAGCUUGUAGUGUCAGAAGUGGCCACAAAGAUCGAAGAGUCAAGGUCUAAUAGAACGCCGGAAUGUUCACUUGAUGUAUAAAAAUAAAUACUGUGUUUGUGAUUGCAUGAUUAUUCCAAGACGGCCUAUGAACACUUGUCGUUCAUAGGUUCAGGUCAUUAUACUUACAAGGAGCAUGGCCAAUCAGUUUAAAAAUGUAGAGAAUGUUUGUUUGUACAUUAUGUGAUAUAUACCCAAUUACCCAUUUUAGUAUAGUUCCAACCCUUCAAGAACUGCUUGUAGCUUUUGAAUUUUGGAAAACAACCACAUUGUUUAGAAUUUGGAGAUCAAGAAUGAAAGUUGAGUUUACAAAA